AUGCCGGCAAAGCCUUAUCCGACGCUCGACUGGCUCCAGGACAGCAUCUUCACCAAGAUAAUGAGGGAGAGUGACGGCCCGCGUGACCCCGACACGCCUUCUUUGACCACUCUGACCGUGUCUCCCGAACAAGUCGCUGCCGUUCCGGGGAUGUCAGACCUCAUCGAAUCGAUCCGACAAUACGUGACGCCUGACAGACCUGAAAAUGGUGCAGGAAACGUUGCGAUCGUCUUUUCUGCGAUUUUCACGGCCCUGCGCACCGGCGGCGUGACGAUGGAAAGAAAUCGUCUGGCCCUAUCGCACUUCCAGUUCGGGUUCCGCGGCGAGGGAUACGAGAUCCCGCUCUCGUUGUCCCUGCUUCACGCAGCUUCGCAAACGCAGCCUUUGGACGCUUCAGGCGCGUCUCCUGGGAGCGUGGACCGUCGCAGUCCAAGAAAGAGGAAACAUGCGAAGGCUGCGGCUCAGGAAGCAUGCACUCGGCACACGCUCUUGCUCAAGAAGCUUUUCGAGAGGGUCGAGGCCGCGAGUGGUGACUCUCGAACGCUCGCGCGUCACCUUAGCGCCAGGGCCGUAGUAUCUUCCGCGUCUCCCCCGUCGCCGGGCACGAUCACGGCUUCUGCAGUGGCAGAACAGCUCGAAGAGCUGCUGGAUCGAGAGUCCGAGUGCAAGAGGGCGACGAGAAGAGUCUACGAAGCCUACGCGCAGCUCGGGGAUUCCUUCGUCGGACUUGUCGCUCAUGUUUGCCAGGACACACCACCGUCGGCCGAAACGAAGGCGUUUCACCGAAAGUGUUUCGCGAUUUUGGAGGACGUUACGACUCGUUGGACAAGGCGGGCCGAGCUGAGUCGGCCUGCUCUCGUCAAGCGCUUGGAGCGGGCAAGGAAGAUUCAUCUGCUUGCGCGCUGCUUCGGCGAGCAAGUCCUGACCAGCGAAGCUCUGACGAUGCGUCUGGUCGACAGAACCACGUUCCAAUCGUUCUCUAUCCUCCUGCAAGAAGCAGCUCAAGCUCCACGCGCAAGUGAGAGCGAAGAAGCGUCUGCAAAAUGGAACGCUGCCGUCCCCGGUACGCGCUGA